AUGUCAGAUCGGGGGAUUGAGGUUAAUCGUCAGAUUCGGACAACAUGUCGGUCCAUCCAGGCUCCCUCAAAAAGCCGUGCGACGUACAACUCUUCUUUCAUUCUAUCAAAUUUUCUCCUGACAAGCUCCAAAUCAACAAAACCGCCAAAGAAACGCGUCAGAUCCGGUCCUUCGACUGCGCGGUUCAAAACUACGUGGAAUAUGAGUAUAAGCGUAACUGGGUUCAUAGUAGGCGCGCGUGUCGCCCAUUCUGAAUAUCACUCUACUCGUGCUGCGGAACUUGGACAUAGCCACAGACCCGCCCACCCUCGUUCAUGGUAUUCCACAUCCCUGAAACCGAACCAAACUGAGUCCCAGGCGUCACCGCUGAUCGUCCAAGUAUCAUCAAGCGACACCCUUGUCACCUCAAGUGGCACUGCCAGUGUAUCUACACCUCAUGAGGAAACCCAAAGACUGGGAAAAAAGUUCUGUGACAAGCCAUACGCGCAUAUAUGGAGUGCUGUAUAUAUUGUGGAACAUCUGGGGAUCUCUGCGACAGUUUCCAGGAUGCCUAAACCAAAGAUUGGUGCGAAGAUCGACUCGCCGAAGAGAACAGAUAAGCAAGCGUUCGAUGUUACGAGUUUGACGAUACCGCAGGAUCUUGGGAUUCUAAAGCCGAGGAAGAAGCCUUCAUUCCUCCGUGCGCUGUAUAUGCUGGUUUGGCUGCGGUACUCUUUGAGGGUGGUCGGAAUUCGCAGUAAAUCAGACGCUGGUAAAGGCAAAAUUACGUUUGACGAGUUAUGUCCAGAGGAGUUGAGGGGUUAUCUUGUGAGGAAGGAAAAGAAGCGGCACUUGUAG